AUGAAGGUCACCGUUAUCCUCUUCGUCUCCCUCUUCGUCUCCCUCUUCGCAUACAUUCAGUGUUGUGAUGAUGAAUCUCCAGUAAGUGACUGUAUGAAAAAGUCAGGAUUAACCGACGAUAUCUGGGAAGACAUAGAAGCAGGCAACUUUAGUAUACCAAAUUUGGGAGCGUAUUUUUUGUGUACCCAUCAAGUGAUGGGAUUCCAAACUAAAUCAGGCCUGUUGCGGACUACCGCAAUAAUAAACUACUUCAGGGAAAAGGGUCUCAGUCGGGAGAUGGAACGUGAUAUAAAACGGCGGUGUUUCAUAAACCAGAAGACUCCAGAAAUGACGUCUAUCAAAUUUGAGAAACUCAUUUAUCACUCUCUUAUCACACCCAAAAUCCUAUUUAAAUCAGCGUACCACCAGACAUCGUCGUCGUCCAAAAUGAAGUUCCUUGCAGUUCUUUUCGUCGCCUUCUGCGUGUACAGUCAGUGUACCGGGGAUAUCGCACACGAACAAGCUGUAACAGCGUGUGAGCAGCAGUCAGGUGUCACCCCGGAAAUUUUGGGAGACUUGAAAGCCCAUAAAUAUGACAACCCCAAACUGGCAGCUUAUUUGUUGUGUGUCCAUAAAGUGGUCAAAUUCCAAAACGAAGCAGGCGAGUUGCAGGGUGACAACAUCAAAGCUAAGUUGAAGGAAAAGUACGAUGACGCACUGGUACAAAAGGUGGCAGAGGAGUGUUUCGAGAACCACGAGUCUCCAGAAAAGACCGCUGUGGAAGUUAGGAAAUGCGCCGACAAGAUCUUGCGUUCAAAAACGAAUUAAGUGUGUGUUUGCUUAAUUAUCUUGAUCAUUUUUGUCCGGAAAAUUUUAUUAAACCAUAGUUACACCUUCAUUAACAAACUAGUUUAUUAAAUAACUAUUAAUAAAUUGGCAGAACAUAUAAAGAAUUUACCUUUAGUUAAAUUUAAAAAUGUAGUGAGAACUUCAGUUCUUAGCUGGAAGUAAGUUUUUUGUUAAUAUGUGAAACUAUUUUUGCCGAUUUUUAAUAACACUAUGUAUUUUAAACAUCAAUAAACAUUCCAUUACUUCUAAA